CGAUACGUCAUUCCGUCAAGCUUGUGCAAGCUAUCGAUCGCUGUGCACCAAAACCACCACGAGUUACUCGGUACAUAUGUACUGUCACGAUGCACACACACACAAUGCACAAUGUGGAUUCGAGUGAAGAUCUGGCGUCGUGUGACGCACACUCCUGGUCGGACAGACGCGUCCUGCUGGGUCUCACAUGUCCAUCCCAAUUCUAGGACCACACCUCCACCUUGACCACUUGGUGUCUCCAUGUACUGACCAUAGCUUUACGAUUUUGUCUCCCUCACGAGCAUAUCUUUGUGCUAUGCUACAUCCCCAGUUCAGGCUUCAUGAACUUACAAAAGCUGAAAAUGGAAACUGUAAGACCUAAGACGACUAGAUCGCUUAGUCAAUGCUUGUUCCUGGGCACCCACCUUCAACCUCGCUGAUGCCACCACGUCUUUCCUCCCGACCUCUCAGGUACCAUAACCUACCUUUGCUGGAUCUCUGCGAGAGGAAUGCCACGCUCAUUCCAGAGUGCGAGACGAGGAUGGGUCCUACUACCACUCAGCAAACGUGCCGCGCGUUUUCGACCUACCCCAUUCCUCAUACCAAAUCACAUCCCCCGACCUGAAGCAGACAGUCUACAGCAAGAAGCCGCCAAAUCACACAAGCAAGAGGGCAGCAAGUUCGCCCGAAGCGUUCUUGAGGGCAGCACCGUGGCCCUGAUAUCCCUCCUUGGGCUGGGCCUGGGAGGUUAUGCGUACAACUACAUGUACAAGAAGGUUGUCGAGGACAAGAUAGAGAAUGCUUUUGCAGCCGGAUAUUCGUCGAACGAACGCGUUGCGCUGGGGAAGAUUACAUAUGGCACCCAUGCGGGCAUGGUCAAAGAGGUGUUGGAGAAGGAGAAUUGGGUACCCAGGGCGGAGCAGGAGACGAUCGACAAAAUAGUCAAUGGGAGCAUGCGUGGGAGAUACUAUCUCAUCAUGGGCGAGCGCGGAACCGGAAAGCGGUCUUUACUAGUGGAAAGCAUGCGGAAAGUCAAUGGAGACGGUAUCGCCAUGCUGGAAGCACACCACGACCUGGAAGUCUUCAGAAUCAGACUGGGGAAAUCGAUUGAUUACGAAUUCCACGAAGACUACAUUGGAGGCUUGUUCAGCAUCAGAGGUCCACGAGACAGCACGCCGCUAUUAGACAUUGAGCGUGCAUUGAACAAGAUGGAAAAGGUUGCACUGAAGCUCCGGAAAGCACGCGGGAAACCCCUUCUUUUCAUAAUCAACAACGUGCAUCUAUUUAAAGACGACGAAGGCGGCAUGAACCUCCUCGAGAUCCUCCAACAGCGAGCUGAGAUAUGGGCAUCUACCGACCUUGUCACGACCGUCUUCACGAGCGACGAGCAUUGGACAAUGGAACGACUGACCCCCCAUGCGACCAACAUGUCUAUCAUGAACAUUAGAGAUGUCCGCAAGCCAGUCGUCCUAGACGCCCUCAAGAAAUAUCGAAAGCGAUUUCACAACGAAGACGUACCUCAAAGCAUCCUCGACGAGGUCUUCGCCAAAGUGGGCGGCCGCCUCAUCUUCCUCAACCAGGUGUCCAAAUCGCCGGACAUGAUCGCGACAUGCGACUACAUCAAUAAGAGAGAGAAGGCAUGGUUUUUGAACCAGUGCUGGAUCCUCGGCGACUCCAUGGACGACGACGUCGAGGAGCAGCAGAAAUUCUGCGCCGCAGGAAUCGUCCUAGGUCGCGCCCUCGUCCAACGCGAACAAGAAGCCGCCAAAACCAAUGACAACGAGUUCUGCCUCCCAGAGAUCCCCCUCCAUGAGGCGCGCCAGAUCAUCACUCGCGCAGACUACACGCAGGGCCUCGACCACAUCAACGUCGUCCACAUCGAUGCCAACGGUAUGGUACGCGCGGACUCCGUGCCCAUGCAGAACGCGUUCCGGGAUAUCUGCAGCGAAGAGGGAUUCGAGGCGCACCUGAAGGCGACGUUGAAUAGGCUCGAUGAGCUGGAGAGCUUGAGCAGGACGAGGGAGGUUGCGUUUAGGGAUCCGCCGACCUAUGGUGGCGGUGAGGUGCCUGUGCAGACUUACACGGCUAAGAUAUAGUCGGUGAGAAAUAGAAGUUGUAAGGAACUUAUGGCUGGCAACAAGAUAGAUUCCACAUAUGUCUUCAACCAGAGAGGCAUUAUACAUGAACCGAAUAGGUGUGUAUAUAAGGUUCCAAAAUCAGCAAUCUCUCAUUAAGAAAAAAGAAACGUAUGGUAAAGUUGUGUGGAUGGUCAGACCACAACUACUACCUAGCUUUCCCGGGCUAGGAGCUGUGCGUUCGAGUCUCGGUUUGGCCAUUUACGAGCUCUUUUUACAAAGAAAUGUAGGGUAAAGUUGUAUGGAUGGUCAGACUACAACUACUACCUGGCUUUCCCGGGCCAGGAGCGCUACAUUCGAGUCUCGGUUUGGCCAUUUACGAGCUCAUUUUUUUUGCCAAUUUUUAUUUGCCAAUUCCAUUUUCUCUCUUAUUGCGCUCCUCAGUGUCCAACAUAGGUUUCAAAAUGCCUCAAUAUGCUCAACACGUCCUUGCUAUAUAGGUGACCGC